GCAGGAAGCAGACCGCCGAGCCUCGUGUGCGGUUAGCUCGGAGCUAAAGCUAAAAACAGUUUGUUAAAAUGUCCAAAAGCCAAACACUGAGAGCUUUGGUGAAUGAGCGGCUGACUGCGGCUGCUGAAGAGAUCUUUGCGCUGUUUGAAAGAACGAUAGCGGAGUAUGAGGAGGAAGUGUGUCGCUCCAAAGAGGAGAACCAGAGGAAACAGGAGCUCCUGGACUCGAUACUGAGCCCCUCAAAGAGUCCUGGCCCCGGUCUGAACCAGGACCCUCCACACACUCCACGGAUUAAAGAGGAGCCACAGGAGCCAGAGGAGCCGAGCGUCAAACAGUACAGGAUAGUACAGACAAAACAGGGAGAGGACAUCAGCGCAGAGACACAUUUACACUCCUCUCACACUGAUGAUGAAGACUGGAGAGCUCCACCCAGGUGUUCAGCUACACAGAUGGAGACAGACGUUGAUGGAGACCACGACAACCAACUCCAGAAAGGACAUAGGCUGACAGCUUUAGUGAAGGAGAUCUUUGCGCUGUUUGAAAGAACGAUAGUGGAGUAUGAGGAGGAAGUGUGUCGUUCCAAAGAGGAGAACCAGAGGAAACAAGAGCUCCUGGACUCAAUACUGAGCCCCUCAAAGAGUCCUGACCCCGGUCUGAACCAGCACCCUCCACACACUGCACAGAUUAAAGAGGAGCCAGAGGAGCCGAAGGAGCCGAAGGAGCCAGAGGAGCCGAGCGUCAAACAGAAGGACAGGAUAGUACAGGUCUCAAUGGGUGUCCCAGAGUUUAGUGCUGUUUGUGUGAAGACAGAAGAGUCCUCACUGCUUGACACUGAUGAUGAUGAGAACUGGAGAGCUCGGUUCAGCUGUUCAGAUGCACAGAUCGAGACAGACGCUGAUGGGGACCACGACAACCAAGUCCAGAAAGGACAAACACUGAGAGCUUCAGUGAAUGACCGGCUGAGUGUGACUGCUGAAGAGACACGUCUGAACCAGGACUCUCCACAGACUUCACAGAUUAAGGAGGAGCCAGAGGAGCCGAGCGUCACACAGGAGGUGCAGGUGUCAGUGGGCGUCCCAGAGUCCAGUGCUGUUUGUGUAAAGACAGAAGAGUCCUCACUGCUUCAACAAAGACAAACUGAGCUCAGAGAGGAAACACAGGGAGAGGACAUCAGCGCAGAGACACAUUUACACGGAGAAACUGAGGGAGACACAGAGCACUCCUCUGACACUGAUGAUGAAGACUGGAGAGCUCCAUUCAGCUGUUCAGCUGCACAGAUGGAGACAGAUGCUGAUGGAGACCACGACAACCAAGUCCAGAACUCUGGUCUAUACCUCAAAUACAAGUCUGCACCAGAGACCAGUGCCACUGUGAACAAUGCAGCAGAAGGAGCUGAGAAACCAUUCAACUGUUCAACCUGUGAGAAGAGAUUUAUCUCUAAAGGUCAUCUAGAUGCACAUCUGAGAACGCACACAGGUGAACGGCCUUACAGCUGUUCAUUAUGUGAGAAGUCGUUUACUCAAAAGAGUAAUUUAAAUAAACAUCUGAGAACGCACACUGGUGAGCGGCCUUACAGUUGUCCAUCAUGUCAGAAGUCAUUUGCCCAAAAGAGUACUUUAAAUGAACAUCUGAAAACUCACACAGGUGAAAGACCUUACAGGUGUUCAUCAUGUGAGAAAUCAUUUGCUCUAAAAAGUACUUUAAAUACACAUUUGAAAACUCACACUGGUGAAAGACCUUACAGUUGUUCAUUAUGUGAAAAGUCAUUUACUCUAAAGAGUAUUUUAAAUGCACAUCUGAAAACUCACUCAAGUGAAAGACCUUACAGCUGUCCAUUCUGCGAGAAGUCAUUUGCUCAAAAGGGUAAUUUAAAUGAUCAUCUGAGAACGCACACAGGUGAAAGACCUUACAGCUGUUCAAUAUGUGAGAAAUCAUUUCCUCAAAAGAGUAUUUUAACUGAACAUCUGAAAACUCACACAGGUGAGCGGCCUUACAGCUGUCCAUCAUGUGAGAAGUCAUUUGCAUUAAAGGGUACUUUAAAUACACAUCUGAAGACUCACACAGGUGAAAGACCUUACAGCUGUACAUUAUGUGAGAAGUCAUUUGCUCUAAAGAGUACUUUAAAUACACAUCUGAAAACUCACACAGGUGAAAGACCUUACAGCUGUUCAAUAUGUGAAAAGUCAUUUACUCAAAGGGGUUCUUUAAAUGAACAUCUGAAAACGCACACAGGUGAAAGACCUUACAGCUGUUCAAUCUGUAAAAAAAACUUUACAGAUAAUUGGAACUUGAAAAGACACAUGAGAAUUCACAGCACAGAACAGUUUGUUAAAAUGUCCAAAAGCCAAACACUGAGAGCUUUGGUGAAUGAGCGGCUGACUGCGGCUGCUGAAGAGAUCUUUGCGCUGUUUGAAAGAACGAUAGCGGAGUAUGAGGAGGAAGUGUGUCGCUCCAAAGAGGAGAACCAGAGGAAACAGGAGCUCCUGGACUCGAUACUGAGCCCCUCAAAGAGUCCUGGCCCCGGUCUGAACCAGGACCCUCCACACACUCCACGGAUUAAAGAGGAGCCACAGGAGCCAGAGGAGCUGAGCGUCAAACAGUACAGGAUAGUACAGGUCUCAGUGGGCGUCCCAGAGUCCAGUGCUGUCUGUGUGAAGACAGAAGAGUCCUCACUGCUUCAACAAGGACGAACUGAGCUCAGCGAGGAAACACAGGGAGAGGACAUCAGCGCAGAGACACAUUUACAGUCCUCUCACACUGAUGAUGAAGACUGGAGAGCUCCACCCAGGUGUUCAGCUGCACAGAUGGAGACAGACGCUGAUGGAGACCACGGUAACCAAAUCCAGAAAGGACAAAGGCUGAGAGUUUUAGUGAAGGAGAUCUUUGCGCUGUUUGAAAGAACGAUAGCGGAGUAUGAGGAGGAAGUGUGUCACUCCAAAGAGGAGAACCAGAGGAAACAGGAGCUCCUGGACUCGAUACUGAGUCCCUCAAAGAGUCCUGGCCCCGGUCUGAACCAGCACCCUCCACAGAUUCCACGGAUUAAAGAGGAGCCACAGGAGCUGAGCGUCAAACAGGAGGAACACACGCUCCUAGUACAGGUCUCAGUGGGCGUCCCAGAGUCCAGUGCUGUUUGUGUGAAGACAGAAGAGUCCUCACUGCUACAACAAAGACAAACUGAGCACAGAGAAGAAACACAGGGAGAGGACAUCAGCGCAGAGACACAUUUACACGCAGAGACUGAGGGAGACACAGAACACUCCUCUGACACUGAUGAAGACUGGGGAGCUCUAUUCAGCUGUUCAGCUGCACGGAUGGAGACAGACGCUGAUGGAGACCAUGACAACCAAGCCCAGAUCAGAGCCAGAAGCUCUGCUGCACAAAACUCAGGUCUAUCCCCCAAAUACAAGUCUGCACCAGAGACCAGUGCUGCUGAGAACAAUGGAGACAUGUCAGGAACAGCUGAAAGGGUUGAGAAACCAUUCAGCUGUUCAACCUGUGAGAAGAGAUUUAUCUCUAAAGGUCAUCGAAAUGAUCAUCUGAGAACUCACACAGGUGAACGUCCUUACAGCUGUUCAUUAUGUGAGAAGUCAUUUACGCGAAAGAGUAUUUUAAAUAAACAUCUGAGAACACACACAGGUGAAAGACCUUACAGCUGUCCAUCAUGUGAGAAGUCAUUUGCCCAAAAGAGUACUUUAAAUGAACAUCUGAAAACUCACACAGGUGAACGACCUUACAGCUGUUCAUUUUGUGAGAAGUCAUUUGCUCUAAAGAGUACUUUAAAUACACAUUUGAAAACGCACACAGGUGACAGGCCUUACAGCUGUACAUUCUGCGAGAAGUCAUUUAUACUAAAGAGUAUUUUAAAUGAUCAUCUGAGAUCGCACACAGGUGAAAGACCUUACACCUGUUCAAUAUGUCAGAAGUCAUUUGCUCUAAAGACUACUUUAAAUGCACAUGUGAAAACUCACUCAAGUGAGAGACCUUACAGCUGUCCAUUCUGCAAGAGGUCAUUUACUCAAAUGGGUUCUUUAAAUCAUCAUCUGAAAACGCACAAGUGAAAGUGUGAUCUCUUACAAAUUGUUGGUUAAUUCUUCCAGUGUCUUUUUGCACUUUUAAGGUUUUGAGUGGGACUGUACAUAAAUUUCAUUUUAGUGUUGCUCCAAUCUUUUUUUUUUUUUUUUUUUUUAUUGUUUUAUUGAACAUAUCACAUGGAUAUUGGUUAGCACGUAGCUGUUUUACCUCUAUGAUGUCUUUGAACUAUUGAUAUUAGAAUUUUCUUAAUGGGAAAAAAUCAACGGAAAUGUUAUGAAAUAGUGGGACAUUGUCUAAAUAAGUGUAGUGAUGGACAGGGACUAAAUAAGAAGGUUUAACUGCACUUUGAUGGAAGAAGCACAGAUACAUGUGUGAUGACAUUCUGUCUGCACUGACGGCUCUGAAGAUGUUACAGACAUGGUGUGUUUCUCCAAUACAAGAUUCUGAUUGGUUCUUUUAGGCUGUGAUCAUCUCUUUGUUGCACAUACGACCUUGGUUCACAGGGAACUUGAGUGAGUCUGAAGAUCGUGCACUCUGCAUGUAAGACUAAGGCAAACAGACUAGUUCAUGUGUGGAGUACAUUUACAUUUCUUGUACAUGUUACAGGCAUCUAUAGAAUGUCUAAGACCUUUAAACAAAGUAGAGAAUAUUGAUUCAUUUCCUACCUGGUCAUUUUAGGCAGAAUGUCUACGAGUCAUUUCUAUUCAGUCUACACUCCAUAAAAGUAUUGAUUGUUUAUGUCACCUCAGAUGUACUUUAUCCUUCAGAAAGUUUGAAAAAACCUGAUCACAUACUGAAAAUUGUGGGUUUCACUGUUUGGUUCUGGGGUCAAUAAUCAUGAAUAAUUGUUAAAUCGUGGUGUUUUUUUCCUCACAAUAACCACAAUACUAAAACAUGACCUGGUGACAUUCAUACUUGCUGCUAGUGUGACGCCCACAAUGUGUGGUCGCAUAAUUUUUAUUUAAUGUAAUGAAAUUUUGUAAAUGAUAAAUAGUGGUGUUUUAUUUUUAAAGACGAACAAUUGCAAUUACAAUUUUGUCCACCAGAUGGCAGCACACACAGUGAGACGGUUUGAAAGGCUCUGGAUUCUGCUUCCGGUUAAUCGGCAGUAACAGAAACUAACGUCUCCGUCUCAUUUUGUUUAUUUGAGGUUGGUGCAGUCCCACGAAGAAUAAUUCUGACUCCUACGAAGUCAUAAAAGAAUAACUUUUGUUAUAACAUUCGGUAGUUAAAGUUAGACAUCUGCUGUCUGAAUCGUUCCCUUAAAAUGUGUUAUUAUCGCGCUGUGCUAACUCCCGCGCUGGCGUUAGCCUAGCACUUGUUUGUCCCGCUCCAGUCAAACUUUAUAUUUGUUAUUGUCAUUUUUUUAUUAUAUUGUUAUUUUGUGAAUAUGUGAAUGUUCUACUACAGUUAAAACAAAAGGUGCAUUUCUAAAAAGUGAUGUCAGAACAAGUAUGCUAUCCUGCUAGAUUAAAAUCAUUUUCUAACAUCUUUUUGAAUUUGGAAUUAACAGUAAAAUUUAGAUUAUUAGGCAAUAAACAUUUUUUAUUAAUAGUCAUGGUUUUAUUUAAGGAGAACAAUGGAAACUUAAACUCUUAUUACAGAAUGGAAAGAAGAGAGAAGAAUAUUGUAUAUAAAUGUAAUUUCUUUGUAAAUUGUCAUUUUUUUGUAUUGUGCUCAUGUACGAUUAAAGUUAAUCAGCAUAAGCAGAAGCCAAGGCAACACAAAAUAA